AUGCAGCCAUUGGAUGGCAGUACUUGUUGGAGGCUGGAGAGUCUCCAGACAAUUGGCCGAAUGCGGAAAUACAAUCUGGGGUUUCGGGAAUAUUCCCCCAGAUCUCCGCGCUCCUAUCUGAUUGACCAUAUUAUCGGAUCAUUCAUGGUCCCCAACCGCAGAGAACAAUGCAUCUUCGAAGAGAAACGAAUUUGUCUUCCCCAGCCUUGGCUUUCUCCUAUCCACGUGGCUGACAGACGGUUACGGCACAUUCCUAUUGAUGGUAUGGCUGUCCGUUCUUCAGUUGUUGAUGUGAAUAACCCUGAACCCAGGAUGUUGGGACAUUUGUACGACAUGCUCUGA